GACGUCAUUCGUGUGCGACCUCGGCUCCUGCUCGCUGUGAAAACAACAACGCCGAGCUCGAGCCGCCGAGAGGACUCCCUACGGGUGAAAACAUGCCGGUUUGUAGCUUCUUCCUUCAGGGACGUUGUCGUUACGGCGACAAAUGUUGGAAUGAGCACCCGAGAGGAGGAACCAGAGGAGGUGGAUACAACGACAACCGCUCCUCUGGUCAGCAGCAGUCCAGAGGAGGAGGAGGAGGGUUUGGAAACAGAGUUUGGGUGAAUCCUUCCCAGCAAAAAGGAGCCUAUAUCCAACCUUCAUCCUUCUCUUCUCAUGGAAGUGAUGACUGGGGCCGAGGAGGAGGAGGAAGUGACUGGGGCAGAGGAGGAGGUGGAGGGAGAAGAGACAACCUAAAGAGCUCCGAAUUCAGUUUUUCCAGUCAAAACAAGUUUUCAGCACUUGGUACCUCCAACACCUUUGACAGGGGAGGAAGAGGAGGUGGAUCAGGUGGGGUAUCUGCUGGCGAUGAAGAUGAUGACAAAAAACUGGAGAUCAUUCAGAUGGACAUGGACAUUUGGGAGAGUUCGGGGCAGUGGGGUUUCUCGUGUUAUUCCAGUUUCAAGACACCUUUGUCUGGUUUCACUGAUCUCUCUCCAGAAGAGCUCAGGCUGGAAUACUACUCCACAAGAGCUUCAGGAGACCUGCAGGGCUAUCUCAACGGUGUCAAUCAGUUGCUCAGCCAAUGGAAGAAUCGAGUCCAGGAACUGAAGAUUAUGAAUCCAGCCACUCGGGCAGCACUGCUUGCAGAGUUAAAUGGUGCUGCACCUCAGGCAUCUUCAGUUAGCUUUGGUUCCACAACAGGGAGUGGGUUUGGGUCUUCUAUGUCCAGUUUCGGAAACAAAGACUUUGGAGCCCCAGCCCAGGCCCGCAGUUUCAGCUUUGCUUCAUCACCUGGUUUUGGUUCCUCAGCAGCACCAUCGUCAUCUUCAUCAGGUUUUGGCAACACCUUAGCAGCUCCUACACAGCCUCCCUCUGGGUUUGGGGGCUCAUCUGCACCCUCCUCUACAUCCGCUGCUUCAAGUUUCUCCUUUGCCGCUGCGUCCACCGACAAACCAGCAGCCGCUUCAGGAUUUGGAUCAGCCUCGGGGUUUAGUUUCUCCUCUACAGCAAAUGCUGGGGGAGGAUUCGGUGCCACCGCAGGAAGCAGCAGUGCUUUUGGACAGACGAGCGGAGGAUUUGGGGCGACUCCUGCUGCUGCUGCAGGAGCUGGGUCUGCUGCAGAGGCAUCGGAUGGUCUGUUUUCACCUGAGAGCAAACUGACUCAAGAUGAACUGAAUCAGUUCAAGGCUAAGAGAUUCACUCUUGGCCAGAUUCCGCUAAAGCCUCCCCCUGCUAACAUGCUAAUGGUGUGACACUGCGGGAGAAGCUAACAAGGUUUUUGAAAUAAAAAGUUAAUUUAUACAAAGUGAACAUUUCCUUCUGCAUAGUGCUUCUUGUUAAGAUGUGCCUAAUGUUUAAAUACUUUGGAUCAGCUGUGGCAGGGAAGUCUUGCUUUAUUAGUUUAUAUACUGUUGGGUUUAAAGUACAUUUUGUGUGCAGUUUUACAACACAGUACAUUUAAAUAUUGUCUUUUGACAUGUGAAGUUCUAUGUUUGAGUCGGGAUGAAUUUAAACUUAGAUUAUUCUGCUUUAUUUUUUGGCAGUUUUUGCUUUUCCUGUUUGUGGACACAUUGACAGUAAACUGAUAGUUGAUGAGCAAAGUUUUUUGAGGAUUUAUUUGCAUCAUUAUAUAAUCAAACAUGUCAGUUACAACAAACUAAUAUAAAUAUGCCAUUAACUUUUUUUUUUUUAAAGAAACUUGUGUUUAUCAGGGAUUUCAGACAUAAUGUCCUCUUACGUACAAAUGUAUUUUGUUAAAUUUUUCAUGUGAUAUCCAUAUAAUUUCCUCAGACUUACAUACUGAAAUCUUACGGGUCCACUGUUUAUAUAAAUUGCAAUUGUACAUCUCAUCCAGCAGAGGGAGUCACAAUAUAAGUGCAAAUGUAUAUCAGUGUUCUCUCUCUCUUUUUUUUUUUUUUAGCAUUUAAAUGAAGCUCCAAAUGCUGUAGCCGAUGUGUAAUUUAGGACUAACUUGAAAAGAGUAGGUGGUUCGUUUCCUCAGGCUACGUAUCAUUCUCCCUCUGUUACUUAGAUUAUAAUGUGGCACCAUAUUAAAACAGUGGAACCAAGGA